AAUAGCUGUCAAAUCCGGAAUUCUGUCCAAGUAAGACUUAUUGUGUCUAAGAUGUCAAUCUAUUGCCCAAAGUUAGGUAGCGGUUUAUGUAUGCGGUAACGAAUUCAUGCACAUGCACUUCUAUCUGUUUACAUGUUGCAUCAAAUUAACGGAUAUGACGAGUCGAUGUGUUUGAAGUCAAGCUGUGCAUUUCAAUAGAUUUCUUUGAAGAAAGACGCAAAGUCGAUACACAUCUGCAGCUCAAUAUGGACUUCUAAGGAUUUUGACUUUAUUCUCGACGUUUGAUAGGGACCAAGUUCUAACGUAUCACAACCAUUUCAAACAAACGGGAGAAAAAAGCGUGUGCUUAUACAUAUUUUUUUGAAAAGUGAAUGUUUAUUUUUAAAAGACGUAUCGUAAAAUUUGUAAGGAAUUAAGCAUGCAAAUUUAAAUAUACCAGGUCUGUGAACGUUUCCUUCGCACAAUACGAACGUCAGCAGUUAAUCAUUUCUAUAGUAGUCGUAAUGAUAAACUUUAUUACCUACUCGUUCAGAUUUUAAAAGAAGUUUGCUUUACAGUAAGCCGCUCUCCUAUCAAACCCCCUGCCUUAUCUAGAGAGCUUUUGUACCUUUAUUUGUCCUUCCAAGCGACUUCUUAAUUCGUGGUGCGGGAAAAACUUACUGUUUUAUGGAAAGAGCAGGAUCUUGGCUACACUUAUCGACAGUAUUCACUCUCGGAUUGUAAUUCUUUGUAUGCAGGUAGGGGCCUGAUUUGCAGAUUUUAUACAUGAAGAGUUCGGAGAUGCAUUCCUAUUCAGUCCAGUGAGCGUUAUAGCAACGAACGGGAACCACGCGUUUGAACACGUUCGUGCAGCUCCUGCAAAAAGCCCCGUAAAAGCUCAGAUGGAAGUGGAUAGUGACCUUCAGUGUCCAAUCUGCUUGGAACUGUUUUCCUAUCCUAUCAUCCUACCCUGUUCACAUGUGUUGUGUAGAUCUCCGUGUGCAGAGCACCUGUUUGAUUUUAACUUCAUUCGGUGUCCGGUGUGUCGGGAUAACUGCUACGUAAGUGGAGGAAUAGGUAGUUUACCAAGGGUCAUCGCUUUGGAAAACAUCAUUGAACGUUACAAAGCGGACAGAACCUCGCGGGAAAAUACCAAUGAUCGAAACAAAAGCGCAGACUCUUCUUUCCUAGAUGCGUCUCUCUCUAGUCAGUCAGAUGUCGAGAAGGAUUCUUCGAUCCUUUGCAACCUUUGUAAUUCUGUGUCAAAGAAAAAAGCCAAAAAAUCUUGCCUUGAUUGCAACGUAUCCUACUGCUCCAACUGCCUACUCCUAACCCACCAGAAGAAGGAUCCAUUCAACACUCACGAGCUGGUGUCGCCACGAGAUGAUGUUAGUCAUUCAGUCACUGGUCUAUGCUCUAAGCAUUCCGACCAGUUGUCUUUGUUUUGCAAAGAUUGCGGCGUUCCCACCUGCACCCUGUGUAAAGAUUCUAGUCUCCAUAAAGACCACUUCAUGAUUACCAUCGAAAGCGCCUAUACCGAUAUUAAGGCUUCGAUUGACAAAAAUCUUCAAAAGUUAGGCGUCAGUCAAGAGAAAGUUACAUCAUCCUUACAACACCAGAGAGAUAAUUUAAAAGAAAUGCAACAAAAGAUAGAUAGAAAACGGAGCGAAAUCAAUGCGCAAUGUGAUCAGCUUUUGGCCGAGAUUGAGAACAAGAGAAGCUUCUUUCUGGCGGACCUGGAGUAUGAAGAACGCAUCAGACAGAAUGAGCAGGAGGAAUUGAUCAAAGUAAUGGAGCGGAUCCUUGGCUCCUCACAAGCGUUGUAUAGUUACACGUCGGAGGUGCUGAACGAAGAUGUCAGUGAAUUUCUGGAGGUGGCGAAUACUUUAAGCGAAAAAUUAGUAAAAGCUACCGCCGAUUGUGAGACGGCUCAGUUUCAGCCCUCAGAUUGUGACGUACUGCCGGGCAAGCUUGUAGACUUCAGAAAGGAAAGGAAUGUCAUCAGAGAAAUGAAUUAUUUACUUGCCCCCGAAACACCGAGUAUUGACGUCACACGCUGUUCCCGGAGCGAAGACACGGUCGUUUUAGUGCUGUCCCCUCCUAGAAAUCUUCAUGACGUCAUAGACCAGUAUGAAAUUCACUAUUGUUCAGAGGAGCAGAAAAGUCUUGAAAUCGAGGAUACAUUGAUAGUAAAAAAUGUUCCAGAGGACAGGCUCCUUGGGAAAAUCGUGCCGAACUGUUCUGGAGUGGUCGUUGUGCUAGUGGAGAACCUGUGCAAGUCUACAACGUACUAUUUCUGUGUCAGUGCCAGCAACCAAUCGGGGAGAAGCGCCAACUCUGAAGUAGUCCAGUGUACCACACUUCUACCGGGAGAAAGUGUUAUACCAGCACCUGUCAUUGUGGAAAGUCUCUGUCGACCUUUCGCGACUUCGGUACAGAUCUAUAGCUCAAGUCCACAAGAUGUCGCUGCUGAACAACACAUAUCCCAUUUCUUGCUGUAUCGUCCCCGCGGUCAGAGUCGGGCCUGGAAGACGCUAUCGUUGUAUGGAAGACAAGACCACCGAGUGUUUGGUUUGAUAGCCAGUACAGACUAUGAAUUUGUCAUCCUUGGUUGCAACCAGAGAGGUGAAUGCCAAGUGUCAAACAGAGUGGUCAUUCACACUGAACAAUCUUAAUUCAUUUUUAAUCAAAGAUCAUAUGACUAUUUAGUAUGCUAUUUAUUUAGUAUCAGAUUUUAUUUAAAGGUAACUGUCAAAUUGCGACAGUUUGCACACCAAGAGUACAUGUAUUUAUUAACGUUUUCUCAGCUGAGCACUGCGUAGACUGUGAUAUUGAACAUACUGUUAUGUUGUUAAGUCAGUAUUCAACAGUGAAUCGAGUUUAUUGUGAUGUUAAAUUUAUUGUUGACAGAGUUAUCGGAUAUUUUGCUAGUUCUGGUAUCUAUUUUUGUUGAUUUGCUUUUACAUUGUGUUUAUUUUGUUGAAGCCAAGGACCGACAAGUCCUUUCCACACGAUGCUCUAAAAGGCGUUAUUUGCUAGUCAGAUUGUGGUGUAUGUCUCCAAGGUUGCCAUAAAGUGCGUUAAUACACUAUAGUUGAAAUAAAUAAACAAAACAAACACUUUCAAGAAGAACAGAAAAAGAAUGACCUAACCUUACGUAUUUAAGAGAGGUUCCGUAUUGUAAAUAUUGUAAUUGUUGAUAAGUUUCCUGUUCCCCAGAAUACAGAUAGACGUGUAAUACUACUUCAAUAAAGUUAGUAUAAACCUCAAUUUGAUUUUUAAAAGAUUAUCAACAAAAAACCUCUCAUCAAGUGAAUCUAUGUUUUAGUUUUUAUGGAAUUUGUAAUGACGUCAGAAGAUAAUUGCCCAACACUAGCUCCUCUGUACAACAUCAGUUCACGCGCACACAAACAUUGCUUUACAUCUCACUUGGUCAUGAACGUGUGAUUCACAGUAUUGAAUUUCGUCACAUCAGCUGCUGAAAUUAGAUUAAAUUAUAAAGCGAUUUCAAACUUUGUUUAUUUUUAUUUAAGUCAUGUGAGAUGACAGAGCUCUAUCUACAACAGUCUUCAGUAGACGUUCAUGUACUCUAUGCAAAUGAUUAAAACCGAACAAAUGCUAUUCAAUAAUGUUGUGACUAGUCAUAACACCAAAUUUUAUUUUUAAAUAAACAUUUUUGGGAAAACAGCACUUUAUUUAAUUUUGCUAGGAGUGUCAAAAGUAAUCGUGCGGGAUCGAAUCUUUUCGUUGCAUUUUUCGAACGGUAGUCAAUAUUGGAACACAUCCUUGGAACAGGAUUUUAUAUUAAUUAUAUAUUUUAAUUUUCUCUCAUUAUUUACAUUCUCCUGCGUUGACCAUCAAUUAUACAACUGUAUGUAGGCAAAGGGGCAAACUUUAUUUCAUUCAUUUCAACCAAUCUCCAAAUUGCUUUCAAAUCGACAAUCCCGAUGUUCUUACCGUUAAUUGAACCCGAUAUAAAAUCCAACCUUGUCGAUAUAAUAAAAAUUACAUAAUCAAACGUGGAUUGGGGUGUUUUGGGACAUCUGUCGAUAUUAAUGUGGAUUAAAGUACAUUAUAAUAAGUUGCAAUUUACGGGCGCACAAAAACUUGCGCUAGUUUAGCACAAAGACCAUGCAUUAAAUUAAGCAAGAAAAAUAUGAAUCAAAUCUGAGGAUCAGGAUUUUUUCCUCAAUGCUCACAUAACUAAUAUGUGAGUUAUAUAUUUCCUUUUUAUACCAAAAACCCUGAAAAUUCCCAUCAUAAUGAUGUAUAAGCUUUAAGCGUGGAUGAUUCUUUUUGAGAUUGCUUCUGCCUUGGGUGGGAGGGGGAAGUUCAUGGUAUAAAAACAUAAAAACUCAAAUUUAUAUCACUUGAAAGUUCAAACGCUGGUUUACUAAUUAAAACAACAUGACCGAAAGUGUCACAUGAAAGCAUCUCUGUUUGUCUGUUCGUUUGGUUAUAUCUUUAACAAACUAUAUUGCGUAAUUAAUCUGAAAGAAAAGACUUCAACUUAAGUACACAUUGCAGCUUGUAAAUUUAAAAAUUGAAAUAAUUUAAAAUCUAUAACCAGAUUGCUACAGUUAAGUUCAGAAAUCUUCAAUUCAAAACAUUUAAUGUAACACAUAAUUAUGCAAAUUAAUUUGUAAACCAUGGCAGGAUUUUUAAAUUAAGUUACUGUAAACAUGUAAUACAGAUGUAGCUUAAUUGCUUCAACAAAGCUUCCAAAAAUUUAACUGUCAACAUUGUAUUGUAAUAAAAUAGUUCUUUCAUG